GGGGCGAGAGGGAAGGAACGGCGGAAAAUGUCUCCCUGAAGCCGUCCCGGGGCUCCCCGACCACCGUUGGUCUCGAUGUAACAACGAUGCUGAUAACGCUGUGCUAUGUCUACCUCUGGGUGCGCUUCCAGAAGUGCUACACGGUGGUCAUCCGCAGCGCCGUGCGCCGCUUAUACGGGAGCCGCGCGGGCUUCGCCUUCUGUACCGUGAGACCGGCGACUCUUCCGGGGGGGCGCUCACCUGGCGAGCGAAGUUUUACUAAGCAGUUGAGCCCCGCGGUGCCCGAAGAACGCCUCCUGCUCAAAGUGGGCGACAAAGUGGUGUAUAUAACCGAGCCACAGGCGUGUGACGACUUUAGCACGUGGAGUCUCAUGUUAGGGCCCUCUCUGGCGCAGGGACCAAAGACAGACAGCAUUGCUUUUGUCAUAGAAGCCGCCGCAGAACAAGGAGCGGGAUUAAAGUCGCUUUCCGCAAAGGGAAAUGUGCUGAAGUGGUCAGAUUACUGCCUUCCCUUGGCCUGCAGCUCCGAGCGGCCGUUCAGGGCGGUGGCGGAAGCCAGCGUGGAGAAUUUCAGUCGCCUCGGAGUGGCGUUUAUGGAAGAUCGGCUGUGGCUGGACAAUGGACUCGUGCCGGAGAAAAUAGUCUCUGUUCUGCUCAGGGAAUCCACGCUCAAAGCACUUGCUGGACAGUCUGUACUGAUCAGAGGAGCCCAGGCUGAGACCAGGUCACUGGAAACGCAGGAACCGCCAGAGGACAGAUCACUGUUUCAGUCCCCGUGCAGCGCGACCAAGGAAGGUACGGGGGCGGCGAUUGGCAGCGCGUCCGGGCAGGACCGCGGGUGCCCCCCUGCGGAUGCUGCCGCCGCGGACGCUGGCCUGGACGGCCGCCACAGGAUGGAGACCGGGGAGCAACAUGCGGAAGGCUGCCACCUCCACCUGUCCAGCUGUCACGAGUGCCUGGAGUUGGAGAGCAGCACCAUCCUCUCGGUGAAGUGUGCAUCGAUGGAGAACAUUCCUGACCUCCCUGACGACUACAUGGGCGGCCGGGGGGAGUCUGAUGGGAGGGGCCUUCCCAGCCAGGGCAGGAGGUUCAACCAGAAGCCUCCCAAUGUGCUGGUGUAUACAGGGGGCUGCCAGGAGAGGUUCGAGCAUGUCCGCGCUCUCCUGGCCGAGUGCAUCAACACGGACAGCUACGUGCUAUAUCCCCUGCGACCACAGCAGGUCCUCAGCGAGCCAUGGCUGGACAACACCCUCCUGCUGGUGCUGGCCGAGGAAAUGCCCCUCAUGGUCCAACACCAUGAACGUUUCCUGGCCUACCUGGAGCGGGGUGGUAAGCUCCUGGGCUUGUGCUCCUCCUUCUGCGCAGCUGGCCUGUCGCUCGCCCCGGGCCCAGACCAGAGAAACAGCGUGUGUCAACUGGCCUUCACCAAGGCCGACUGCACCGAGGUGGAGCUGAGUGCCCUGGCCAGCGGCCACGUGUUUGUGCGUGGAGACGGCCCCGCAGAGAUGUGGGGAGAGCUGCGAGGGGGCAGUGGGGGCAUGGCAGUCGUCAGGGUGACACACGGUGACAAUGGCGGUGAGGCCGUGCUGUGCCAGGUGCACCUGGAGGCGGCGCCCAACUCCCAUGGUGUCACGAGCCCACAGGACUUUGACGAGUUGAAAGCAAGCAACGCACUUCGCUAUGAGGUGCUGUCCGAGAUCUUGAGCUGGCUGGGGCUGAGCUGCGAGCUGAGCCAUGUGCCGCCGCCCAGCCCCAUCUAUGUCCUCUCCUCGUCUGAGGAAUGCCGGCGUUGCUUCCUGGAGUGGCUGCAGACACAGGUGGGCCAGGGGGGGGUCCUGAGGGCCUCCCGAAUCUCCUUGAAAGUGCUUCCCGGUGUGGAGUCCCCAGGGGCACUGCCAGGGGGCACACUGGCCCUGGUCACGCAGCCCCCCCAGCACCUCCCCCCACAGUUCAGCCUGGAGACUUACAGCCUCCACCUGCGCACUCGAACCCUGGGCCGCUGUGUGCUGUUUGCCGAGACCACCCCCUCCACCAUGGACCUGCUGGAGGGGUUGAUGCUCCAGUUACCCCAGGAAGUGGGAUUAAUAGCCAUAGCUGCGCGACAGACCGAGGGCAGAGGUCGCGCCGGUAACGCCUGGCUGAGCCCGCUCGGCUGUGCCAUGUUCACGGUGCACAUGCGUGUCCCUGUCGGCUCACGACUGGGCCAGAGAAUCCCCUUCCUGCAGCACCUGGCCGCCCUGGCUGUAGUGGAGGCUGUUCGCACUCUGCCCGGGUACGAGGAAAUCGACUUGACUGUCAAGUGGCCCAAUGACAUUUACUACGGCAGCCUGAUGAAGCUGGGUGGGGUACUGGUCAACUCCACCCUCAUGGGGGCGACGUUCCACCUGCUCGUCGGCUGUGGCUUCAAUGUCAGCAACAGCAACCCCACCAUCUGCAUCAACGACUUGGUGGAGCAGCAGAACCACCAGCGGGGGUCGGCCCUAGAGCCCCUGGACACCUCCCUGCUUAUUGCCCGCAGCGUCUCCCUACUGGAAGACCUCAUUGCCUCCUUCCAGGAUGGGGGGCCACAGGCUGUCCUUCCCCUCUACUAUAAGAGAUGGGUGCACAGUGGCACGCAGGUCCGCCUGCAAAGCGAGGCCGGGCCCCAGGUGGAGGUGGUGGGCCUGGACGACAAUGGCUUCCUGCAGGUGCAGUCCGCGGAGCUGGGCAUCACAUCGGUGCAGCCCGACGGCAACUCUUUCGACAUGCUGAGGAACCUGGUCGUCACCAAGCAGCGAUAGCCCGUCUCUGGCCUCUCCAUCGCCUCCUACUGGCAACUUGACAUAAUGCUUAUCAAAAGAACCUGAUCGUGACCAUGCAGUACUGGUUCGCCACCGGCCUCUCCAUCGCCUCCUGUUGGCAGCCUGCAGAAUCCCACCAGCUUCACACAAUCAAAUGUACUUCCUAGGAAAACAAAUGCCCCACCGGGGGGCACUGUAGAUAAGUGUGCUUAUGAAUGUGCAUAUUUGACCUAGAUAAAGAUUCUUUUAUUUAUAGCGCAGGGAGGUAUGUCUACGUAUAGGAAUGUCCAUUUGCAGCAAAGAUUCCACUAAUUUUCUCAGAAUGCUUGUUAGGUGGUAGUUUCUUAUGGACAACGGAAGCUUGGACAAAAGAAAGUGUUAAUUACACUGGACCCUUUCACUAUUGACCCUAAAUUUUAUGUUGUUUGAUUUGAAAUAUUGCCUGUUAUUGAUCAGUAAUUCUGAUUUUUUUUUUUCUUUUUCUAAAAGCACUUGUAGUCAGAAGUAACGUAUAUGUAGUGUUUCUUGUUCGGAGGUAUUAAUGAUCUUUUCUGAGUAUUGAAGUACAUUUGAAGAGUAAAAGCAUGUCAUGCAUGCUGUUUGUUAACAUGCAGAUGUAGAUGUUGACUGAAGGUGACUUAAGUUUGACUUGCAUCUGCACCUUUAGCAGCUGUUGUUCAGACUAUGUAAUCCACCUUGAGCUAAGCAGGUUUGGCCCUGGCCAGUACUUGGAUCUGAAAGAGUGGGGGUGGUAUCCCUGUGCCCCGGCUAAAUCUGCCACCUGUGGCCCUUUCAAAUCUGGCCUCCUAAUCAUUUCCCAUGUCUAAUUGGUGAAUUAACUCCCACCCCUUCAGCACCUUAGCUACUGUAGGGUGAGCAUAUUGGUGUGGACUGGUUUCCGUCGCAUCAGCAAGGUGGGGGGGCGACACGGUGGUGGUGGCUGAAGGGGCCCCCCCUUUGAUUCUGUAAAGCGCUUUGAAAAAGAACUAUAUGAAAGUAACUUUCAUUCAUUCACUUUCAUACCCAAGUAUACAGUGAUAGACUUCAGCAAAAUAUGCCUCAUGGCCCUCAUACCAUAUAAAAAUCUGUAAAUAUUUGUAACUCUGAAGUAUUUAGUGUACUGGGAAGGGUAAGACUUUUUUUUUUAUCUUGCAAUAAUGGUUUUCUUUUUUAAAAUUUACUGUUAGGUUGUAAUCAUGUUUGCCUUUAUCCUGCAGUUUGUUGAUAAUUAUGUUAAUUGGUCAGCUGUCUUUGUAAGAGAUUCUAGUGACAUUUUUAAAUUGAGGAAAUUCUGUGUGAAAUGAAGGUGUUGGAAGGCAUUGUCAUGUGCUCUGGUGAUAAAUGAGAGAAAUUGGCAAA